GCAGUGGGGGAGAGAGGGAAACUGAGGGCCUGGAGCUACGUUGCCAGCGGGAAUUGUAGUUUUUGGUUUCUUGAAGUCUCUGCCGGGCAGUCUUAUGACUGAGCAGAUUGGUACUACAUCUCCCUAAGUUCUUUACGAUCCCGGGUUGGCCCGCCUCUGGAGAGCUCUGCAUUGUGGGAUAUGGAGUCCGAAAUGUGGCGAGGCGUGGCAGUGUCCAAAGAGAGAUGCCGGACUCGGACUCGGUUUCCCUGCGACCUCAGUAGGCUCGCGGGCCAUUGGCUGAGCGGGGAGGAUCUCGUCCCGCUCCUCCCCGCCCCCAGUGACACAAUAGCAGCUCCCUCCAAGAUGGCGGCGGCGACGGCGGACCCGGGAGCUGGGAGCCCGCAGGCUGGAGAUUCCUCUGGCGGGUGCGCUGGGGGCGGGCUGCCGUCCCCAGGGGAGCAGGAGCUGAGUCGGCGCCUGCAGCGCCUGUAUCCCGCGGUCAACCAGCACGAGACGCCGCUGCCGCGCUCCUGGAGCCCCAAGGACAAGUACAACUACAUCGGCCUCUCCCAGGGCAACCUCCGCGUCCACUACAAAGGUCAUGGCAAAAAUCACAAAGAUGCUGCCUCAGUGCGUGCCACCCACCCCAUACCUGCUGCCUGUGGCAUUUAUUACUUUGAGGUGAAGAUUGUCAGCAAAGGAAGAGAUGGGUACAUGGGAAUAGGACUCUCAGCUCAAGGCGUCAAUAUGAACAGACUUCCUGGGAAGAAGGAAGUACGAAGUCUGAAGUGCCUAGGAUUCACCAUGGAACUGGUAUUAGAAAUGGAGAGGGAAGAGAAAUUCGAGGGUUGGGAUAAACAUUCCUAUGGUUACCACGGCGAUGAUGGGCAUUCGUUCUGCUCCUCUGGGACUGGCCAGCCCUACGGUCCCACAUUCACCACAGGAGACGUGAUUGGCUGCUGUGUCAACCUCAUCAACAGCACCUGCUUCUACACCAAGAAUGGCCACAGCCUUGGUAUAGCCUUCACAGACCUCCCGGCCAACCUCUACCCCACCGUAGGCCUGCAGACACCUGGGGAGAUUGUGGACGCCAACUUUGGGCAGCAGCCCUUCCUGUUUGACAUUGAGGACUACAUGCGGGAGUGGCGUGCCAAGGUCCAAGGCACUGUCCAUUGCUUCCCCAUCAGUGCCCGGCUUGGAGAGUGGCAGGCGGUGCUGCAGAACAUGGUCUCAUCUUACCUGGUGCAUCAUGGGUAUUGUGCCACGGCCACAGCUUUUGCCCGAAUGACUGAAACCCCGAUUCAGGAAGAACAAGCAUCCAUAAAGAACAGACAAAAGAUCCAGAAGCUGGUGCUGGAGGGCCGUGUGGGUGAGGCCAUUGAGACCACACAACGCUUCUAUCCAGGACUGCUGGAGCAUAACCCUAACCUGCUCUUCAUGCUCAAGUGCCGACAAUUUGUGGAGAUGGUGAAUGGGACUGACAGUGAGGUCCGCAGCUUGAGCUCCCGAAGCCCCAAGUCCCAGGACAGCUACCCUGGCUCCCCCAGCCUCAGCCCCCGACACGGCCCUAGUAGUUCCCACAUGCACAACACAGGAGCAGACAGUCCCAGCUGCAGCAAUGGCGUCGCAUCCACGAAGAGCAAACAGAACCACAGUAAAUACCCUGCACCCAGCUCCUCCUCCUCCUCCUCAUCCUCCUCGUCCUCCUCAUCCCCAUCCUCCGUCAAUUACUCCGAGUCCAACUCAACAGAUUCCACCAAGUCCCAGCCCCACAGCAGCACCAGUAACCAGGAGACCAGUGACAGUGAGAUGGAGAUGGAAGCAGAGCAUUACCCCAAUGGUGUGCUGGAGAGUGUGUCCACACACAUUGUCAAUGGCGCCUACAAGCAUGAGGACCUGCAGACAGAUGAGUCCAGCAUGGAUGAUGGGCAUCCUCGGCGGCAGCUCUGUGGGGGCAACCAGGCUGCCACGGAAAGGAUUAUCCUGUUUGGUCGCGAGUUGCAAGCACUGAGUGAGCAGCUGGGCCGGGAGUAUGGCAAGAAUUUGGCCCACACGGAGAUGCUGCAGGAUGCAUUUAGCCUGCUGGCAUACUCAGAUCCCUGGAGCUGCCCAGUUGGCCAGCAGCUUGAUCCCAUCCAGAGGGAGCCUGUGUGUGCUGCCCUCAACAGCGCCAUUUUAGAGUCUCAGAACCUGCCAAAGCAGCCCCCUCUGAUGCUCGCCCUGGGUCAGGCAUCUGAAUGUCUACGGCUCAUGGCCAGAGCGGGCCUGGGAUCUUGCUCCUUUGCCAGAGUCGACGACUACUUGCACUAGCUGACCACGCUGGCUGGCCCCACCUGGCCCUUCCUCAGCCCCAGGGCUGGAGCAGCCCUGCCCUCCAUAGGCAUCUGGCGCAGGGACCUGGAAGCCAUGGGCAGAGUCCAUUCCUCCUGCCUGGCCUCCCCAACUCCGUUUUCUUUUCUUUUCUUUUCUUUUCUUUUCUUUUCUUUUCUUUUCUUUUCUUUUCUUUUCUUUUCUUUUCUUUUCUUUUCUCUUCUCUUCUCUUCUCUUCUCUUCUCUUCUCUUCUCUUC